UUUAAAAACAUUGAAAACUAAGUAAGUGGGAUCUCAAAUUGUAUUUGAAUUUAGCACUUUAUUUAAGCAGAGUUACCGUUUAAGCAAGAAAUCUUUCAAGGAGUCCCGACUCCAAAGUCCUGUCUACUGCAUUAUUCUGAAAAAGAAACUCAUUUACCCAAUGUUACUGGCAGUGUACGCAAAGAAGACGAAAACAUCAUCAAGAAACAAAAAGUAAAAACCCAAAAAGGAACAAAAGACGCAAUUGUCAAAUUAAAGUGGUAGCCUUGUAUAAGAUUCAGAAAAAUGUAAAUAAAUUAUUUUCGCUGAUUAUCAUUUCAAAAUUUAUGUAGUUUCAACAUGUUAAGAACGACAAUAUCAAGAUUGAAGAAGGUGUGUACAAUAGCCUGCGUUCCGCGUUUACUCCGUGGUUAUCAGCCAUAUUCACCAGGCAAACUCGAAAUCUUUUCGUAUGCUGUGCUUAAGAAAGCUCCGAAAAGUACAAAGUCGACGGACGACGACGAGCACGAACCAAAGUCAGUAAGACACAAAGAGAAUCCAGAAUACUUGAUUGUACCAGAGAAAGAAGCGAAGUUACCAGAAAAAAAUGAAAACGAAGAUGGAUCGACGGAAGAUGCAAAAGACGAGGGCGUCACGCCUAUCGUCCUGGCGCCGCAACAGGCGCGGGAUGCCCAUAGCGAGGAGUGCCAACGGAUUAUAGACAAGGCAUUCGGCACCGAGGUGGUCGAGCCCAUCCUCAGCGAGCAAUACUUCAGCGUCAACCACAUGAAGGACACCAGACAGGCCAUCACCAAAGCUGAGCUAGCCAAGUUGCAGUUCACCGCUGAAUCUCUGAGGGAACAGAUGGUUCCCGACCAAAGAGUACAAUUUGGCCUAUACAAAUCCGUUGACCCCAACGUGGAGGAAUGUACUACGGAACCCGACGCAGUCAUAAUUAAAGACAAUACCUUAAUAACGUCGACAGAUACAGAUACCACACAGGCACAACACGAACCGGCCAAUCUUCAAAAGCCUGUUGAUGAGCAGCUGGGCUUCUUGCAACAGUCUCUGCGUGCGCUACCCGCCGAAGAAGGCAAUAGCGAACUCUCAGAAAGAGUUAGAAACGCACAUCCCGGAAUAGCAAAAGAAAAUAAACCCUUAAGCGAAUACUUAAGUGUAUUCAAGAAUGCUUCAUUUAGCAAAGAUCCGUUUGAACCCUACAGUGCCGAAAAUUCGCCCAGUAAUAACUCAGAGCGGAUGAAGGAACACAAUAUUAAGUCUAUCUAUCUAAAUAAACCAGAUAUAAGUGGCAGCGAAUACAACUCACAAGUGCACGGCCCCAAUGAGAAUCCUAACAGUAUGACUCUAGGAUUUGAUAACAACCCUGGACGCAAGGGAAAACGAACCCAAGGAGUUAUCGAAAAUAUUGGACAAGCCCAUACAUUGCUAACCAACGCGCAGAAAGAGGAAGAAGAAGCUGCGAUCCCUUACAACUUCGAAGGCAUGCACUUGAAGGAAUAUUGUGUCAGAGCAACGACAGCUAAAGAAGCAGAAGAACAAUUGACUCAAAGGAUUGAAAAUAUAGAAGAGACUCCUUUAGUGGAAGCCCAUACUCCGAAAGUAGAAGGAUUCAGUAUUACUCCGAAGGUCUUAGGCCAGACAAAUGAUAGCAUCGACAACUACUGUGAUAAGAAUCUCAACAACCCAGAAGCUUCUCCUGGCAUAGAUACGUCCGCCAGUUAUGACGAGGUAGCCAAACGUUGUCUGGACACUCCAACGAGCCAGAUUGACGAAAUACUCUUGAAAGAAAUGGAAAAACUCGGCAUACCUAUAACCGGUCAUCGGGAUUCUGGUAUACGCUUACCAGUUUGUGAAAACGAUCUAGUACAAAUGGAUGUUAUUAAGAAACCAAGGAGGCCAGUUGAGAAAAAAGACAUAGACUUGGAGAGCCAUGAGUGCGAGAGAGGGGCAGUAGAUCUGUUUGAAAACGAAGAAGAGGAUAAUAAUAUGACAUUGAACUACCCUAUACUACUGAUAAACAAAGAGUCAGUGUUGCCUGACUUCGACGAGGAAGCGCUAAUGCAAUUAGUUGAGCUUAUCAAGAACGAACAAGUUAAGUGCGAAAGGCUUGAGGAAGAGGCUGAAGAAGUAGUCGACACGAUGCACCCGAACCAAGUCCUAAUAGAUCCUUAUGAUAAGAAAACAAUCGCUCGUGACACCGGCGAGUUCGAUCCUGAAGAGUGGAAAGAUCCCAAGCGAGGGUACGCGCACAUCCUACCGUAUUACAAUACUACUAAGUCAGAAUCCGUCAGACAAACGGUAGUGGCAAAAGCAAAAGUCGCAGCAGAGGUUUUGGAAGAAAAGUCAGCACAAAAGACUCCAGCCAUGAGUCCGAACCAUUUCGCGUGGUUCAGCGAGAAUACAAACCGAUGUUUGAGGCGUAAUCUAACCUUUGAUGAAACCGCAAUGAGCGAAAGGCGACUUAUACUUAGUCAUGCGCAAAAAGCAAUGUACGAAAACAACUUAGCCAGUAGAGAAAAUAAUGACAGCAAUAUGGAUAUGUAUAAGGCAAAGGAUCUUGGACCAAAGCAAGACAUUAAUUAUAGCAGGAUGACUGGAAGGCAAAUGAUAGUAGAUGAAGCACAAAAACGAUUAUUCGAGUACAAAGAAAACAGAGAGGCAUAUAGCAAAUACAUGAAUAUGUCCAAAGCAACUGGUGUCGAACGGAAUGAAACCGCUGCUGAAGCCAGCAUGACCGGAGGGCUUCUACUAAACGAGGCACAAAAGGGAUUACACGAGAAUGAAGAAAAAAAUACUUACAACAAAUACAUGGAAAUGUGCAACCCAAGCAGAUUCGAGAGAAACCUAUCCGCUGAAGAAAGUAGGACCACUGAACCGCAACUUCUACUAAGCGAGUCACAAAAACGAUUAUAUGAAAACUAUGAAAAAGCCGAAAGCGGCAUGGACACGUAUAGCAAGUACAUGGACAUGUGCGACCCAAGCGGCUUCUGGCGACACCAGUAUGCUCACGGCAGUAGAGAACAAAACGCUCAGCCAAAUUAUAUUUACACAAACUUGAAGAAGCCGAGUGACAUGUGGCAAAACGACCAAUCGCGACAAGGCUACCAACCAGGGAGCCAAACUGACAACAAGUACGAUUAUACCAAUAACCCAUAUCUACAGAAUCCGAAAGCGCCACAAUCUGAAUUCACAAACAUGAUCGUGAAUACGGCACAAAGUGAAGGCAUAACAGGCACUGAUCAACCAGUAACACCACUUCUGGGGAAAAUGUCUGCAGGAGCGACGCGCCUCCCUGCUGGCGAUGCUUACGCCAGUCGCCAAGUCCCUUGUUACCUGUCCAAAAGUCUGAAUACCUCAGAUAACUCGUUCAAUAUAAAAGAAACUCUCAGAAUUUCCGAGAGAAUGAAAGAGCCGUCUAACAUUAAUGAAGUAGAAAAGGCUCUUAACAUCAAACCAAGCACGACGAUACCAGAAAAACUUGCACAUAAAGUGAAGUCCAUUGCUCUACCACCACCCACGUAUAGGAUCUAUAAACAUAUGUCGAAAACCCACCCAAAACCACCACAACGUGCAAGACCAUUAAAGCCGAUGCCGUUAUCGCCGCAAAUUUUUCAGGCCUCACAUAGGGCGCACUCCAGUAGAAAUGAGGUACUUGACCGGAAAAGAUCCCGCACUGCCAAGGACUGGCGGCGGGCUAUAGACCCACCUGCACCGCUCACACACGCACAAUUUAGCCAACCAACCGCAGAAAUAGUCGAAGACCUCAGUUACGAAAAUAAACCUCCACUAACAGUGGCUCAAGGGCCAAACUUUAAGUACAAAACAUACGCAAACGAAUCCGACGAGGUUUGGGAUGCAGAGGGUGAUGAUCGCCCGCCAACCGAGAAAUAUGCUCGAGCAAAUUACACAAAAAGUGUCGCGGCACAAGCCCAACCGGCUAGUGAAGCGGUAGAAGCUUCCACUCACGCUGUUAAGAAGUCUAUAGCACAAGAAAUAUGGGACAACGAGCAAUUAGAUCCCAAACACGUACUUACAUGUAACGAAACCUGUCCCAUCGCACUGAGAUCUUCGACUAUAGAGCCGAGCGAAGCCAACAGACUCAAAGCCAUUUAUGAUCAGGAUUUCACGAAAGCCGACUUACAGAAAGACUCACGCUACAACAUGCGGAAGUUUUCACCCAAUAUGAAUGUGGAGCGGCUACCAGAUUUUGAACCGCUACCUAAUACUGAAGGUCAACCCAAUAUGGGGAAUGUGCCCAACGUGAUGCAUGCCGAUGCUUGCUUAAGCCCUGAGCUGAGUGAUACGCAAACUUUCAACGCUUCCGCUGCUACGCUGCCGGAAAGUUUCACGGAACCUGAUCUGGCACCCAGACACUCUACCAAAACCCAUGCAGGCGCCAGCCCCGUGCAGAUCUCUGAGUGUCCCUCUCUACCGAAAUUAAACGAAGACGUAUCUCUGUCCGAACUCCUGAGGAGAGUGAGGCUAAGGAACAAAUUGCUUGAACAACAAGAGAAAAAUAAAGGCGCCGUCGAAGCCACCAUGUCGAAAUGCCCGAAGGCUCCUCGUUGCCCUCCUACUGCACCUCGCGCGCCUCCGAACCACCCAGUUGUGAUGCCUCCCUUCGCUCUGCCGAUGCUGAAGCCGCGACCGCGCUCCUGCCCCCCAAGGAAGAAGCCUAAAAGCGCAAAAUUCUCCACUUGUGACUUGGACGUGGAUACAGGACUGCCACUAGGCAGUCACGCGACAAUCGCCUGCCCAGAGAUGGUUUGCGAAAUGAACGGUGUUGGAACAUUCGACCUGGCUCCCAAUGUCGAAGAAUGUCUGCCGUUACCGAAUCGUAACUUUUCGAAAACCGAAUGGACAAAACCGAAAUUUGACGUGAGUAAACCAUAUUCUAACAAUAGAAAAGAUGGCGACCCUAGCAAUAAAAUCUAUGAGAAUAACAAAGACAAAAACCUAUUGUCACCAUUGAACCAAGAUAAGAACGUUAAUGAUGAGAGAUCGGUUUAUCAAGCCUGUCAGAGUUUACGAAGCAUCAUUAACUCCUUCUGUACCAAAGUGGAUUUACGCGCCACGAUUGCGCAUUUGAAUUUAGAACGUCUUCUAGCCCCGCCAAUGGCCGCGGUCUCAUACGUCAUGGUCAGAUACUACGGGAACACAGACCCAACAAAAAAGGACAAAUUCUGGAAACCCAAAGUCAGAAUACCCGUCGGUCCAGACUGGAAAAGCAAAGUCCAAAACCCUAAAGAUGUUAAAGAGAUGGAACAAGAACUAAAAUACUAUUUGUUGUCUGUCGAAGAUUCGAACGCAAAAAAACAAAAUCCCAAAAUGAGAGCUAAUAAAUAACGCUCACAAAUGACAUACCUGACGAGAAAACCAAGAAAUAAACUUACACCUUAAAUAAUAUAAUAAUAAAAAAUCGAAAAUAUUGUUUAUGGUGCGUUCGGCUGUAUCGUAAAAUACCAUGUUCAAUUUUAAAAGAUGAAACAAAGAUGUCUGCAAAAAAUGGCUGAAUGCUUGAUUCGCGUCGUUUUUCGCCAACGCUGUUUUAUUCUUGUUUUGACGCCUUUGCAGUUGUAAUUAUUGCAUUCUGUAAAUGUAUUUUAGGUUUUCAGAAACUCCGUUAGCUUUCGGAAAAGGCGCGCUUUAUCAAUGUGUCAUUUUUUGACAGAUUUCUUAAAUUCUCUUAAUUAUUUGAGCGAGUACUUUAUGACAUCAGUUUAAUUUAUAUUUCUUAAAUCAAUUUUGGUCGUGAAAUUUUUAGUUUCAAGCUUUCAUUCUAAAUUACAUGCAUUUUGAAUUUGAUAAUUUGGCAUUUACAUAAUUCUGAAUAGGUAUACAUUUUUAUGUUUAUUUGUUCAUAGCCAAUUGAUGUUUGACAUUUGUUAGUAAAAAUUUAAGGUUAUAAAAAUGAAAUUAAUUUCAACGCAGGAUAUUGACAUUAUUUUGGCUUCAUAUUUUUUUAUGUCUUCAAAAUUCGAUCAGUUUUAAAACACAAUUGAGACAAUUUCUAUAUGUUUUGUGGCAUUCUUAUACGUUUACAAUUUCAUAUAAUUUGUCUUUAUUGUAUUUUUUUGUUUACAUUACAAUAGUUUCUUGUAAA